AUGACAAGUGAAACAUUUAAAACGGUUUUUCUUGCUAGUUGUGGAGGUGACUAUAAUAUAUUUGGUACUCUACCAUAUUAUUUUAGAAUGAAAUCUUCUGGAAAUUAUGAUGUUACACUUAUCAAUUAUACUUUCACAAAACAUAAUCUUUUAUCUAAAUACAGCCAACAAUUAACAAAAUUACUCUUUCGUGUUGAUCCAAGAACGGACGUCAGCCGACUGACCGAUAAUAUCUAUUUUCCUAAACAACGUCUUGCUAAUGAACUUCGAAUGCCUAUUUAUGCGUUCUUAUGUGAUCAUGAUGAAACACGUAUUGAUUUAAUCGUCGAAGCCUAUAAAUAUUUAAUACAAGAACGUACUAUUGAUGAACUCGUCUUGAUUGAUGGUGACUCAGAUGUUUUAUUAACAGGCAAUGAACAACAAUUGGAUAAAUAA